GAAAAGACCGAAAAAAAAAAAAAAAAAAACGUUGCUGGAAUAUAUCUCAAGAGCCAUGGAGGUUGUAACUUUUGCAACCUCAACAGCUCUUGUUCUUCUUUCUUUCCUUGUGUUGUAUGUAAGAUGGAUCAACGAUCGAUGGCACCUCAGAGGCCUCGAAACAGGGACCAACGGAUCGAAGGUGCCGCCAGGAUCGAUGGGCUGGCCACUCAUCGGCGAGUUUCUCGAUUUCUUGUGGUGUUUCAAGUUCUUGAGAAAGCCAGACCAUUUCAUUGCCAAACGUAAAGCAAGGUAUGGAGAUAUUGGUAUUUAUAGGACCCAUUUAUUUGGGUACCCCACAAUAAUCACAUGCACCCCACAACUAAACAAGCAAGUCCUUGGUAGCAUGACUGAGGAAGGGAGUUUCAGCACCGGCUGGCCAUCCAGUCAGCUGAUUGGGAAUUCAGCUGUGGCAAUCGUUGAUGGGGUUGCCCACAAGAGGAUAAGAAGGCAUUUGAUGGAAGCUUUCAACAGCCCAAAGGCCCUCAAAGCCCUUCUCAUCACUGCCCAACCCAUCUUCAUCUCAACUUUUGAAGAGUGGGCCUCUAAGGGGAAGAUCAUUGCAUUCGAGGAAAUAAAAACUAUGACGUUUUACAGCAUCUGUGAUAUGCUUAUAAGCUUCAAAUCAAAGGAUCUUUUGGAUACAAUGGAACGUCUAUACAGGGGACUCAUGGCAGGAAUUCGAUCAAUGACAAUCAAUGUUCCGGGAACAGCAUACCAUUGGGCUCUCAAGUGUAGGAAGAAACUGACUGGCAUCUUGUUAGAUGAAGUGAGGAAAAGGAAAGAGAUGGGCACUCAGAAACAGGAUUUCAUGCAAAUGAUGAUGGAUUCUACUGAUGAAAAUGGAGAAAAUAUGAGCGAAAUGGAGGUUGUGGAGAACAUAGUUUCCUUAAUUUUAGGUGGUUAUGAGUCUACCUCAAAUGUGAUGACUUGGGCCCUUUAUUAUCUUGCCAAGUACCCAUCAGUACUAAAUAAACUCAAGGAGGAGAUACGUGGGAUCACAAAUCAGAAAUCUAAGGAUGAGCUUCUUACACUUGAAGAUAUCAAAGAAAUGAAGUAUACUUCAAAGGUAGCUGAUGAAUUGAUUCGCUUGUCCAAUGUGUCACCCUUCAUAUUCAGAAGAGUGGUGAAAGAUAAUGUAGUUCUUAACGGCUACAAGAUACCAAAGAAUUGGAAGGUCAUCGUGUGGAUCCGCUCUAUACAUGUCGAUCCUGACUAUUAUGAUGAUCCAUUAACAUUCAAUCCAGACAGAUGGAGUGAUUUGAAGCCAAAGGUUGGAACUUACACUGUUUUUGGCCAUGGUCCAAGAUAUUGUCCAGGAAACAACUUUGCAAGGCUUCAAGUGAUAAUGUUCCUCUACCAUGUAUGCCUCAAGUACAGGUGGGAGCUUCUGAAUCCUGAGGCAGGCGUUAAAUUCCAACCACACCCAAAACCAGUUGAUGGUGCCGAGAUGUAUUUUAGUCAUGCAAAAUGAAUUGAAGCUAUCUCUUUCACAUGAUCUUGACUGCUGUGAAAUACAGAUAUUAGAAUGUUUCAUCUUAUCUUGGGAUUAUUACUGAAAAGAGCAUGAAUGUAGAUGGAACACUUCUUGAAAAGUUAAAAGUUAGUUUUUUCAAUUAGAGGAAAGAAGGUUACAACUCUGACUUAAAAUGGAUGUAACUGUUGUUGUUUUUUUUUUUUGGCUAAAGUUAAUAAA